GGUGCCCCCAGCGUAGUAACCAUGGCCAGCUCAUUGCCUGAAUCAGACCGUUGCUAUCCAGAACCAAUGCAGCUUACUACUGAAACGGAUCUCGCUACGGUCAUGCGGGUAAUGGCGCAGCCUGAAUCUGGCCUUGAAAUCCGUGAUCGCGUUUGGCUCAAAAUUACUGUGCCUAGCGCAUUCAUCGGUUCUGGAAUUUGCUCGGAUCUCGUUGAUUGGCUUUUUCGACAUGUUGAAGGUUUUGCUGAUCGCAAAGAGUCCAGGAAGUACGCCUCAAGUCUACUCAAAUUCGGCUACAUCCGGCACACAGUUAACAAGGCCACUUUUUCUGAACAAUGCUACUAUGUGUUUAGCGAAACUGUGAAUCGUGAGUCUAGCUUAGUUUAUGCCUGCUGA